UUUGGAGCACAUACGAUUACUGUACAGAACCUUUUUAUUUUCCUACCUUACUCCAAGAAUUCUAGAUUAAUUUUAACAUGGCUGGCUCGAUUGUGCGUCAUAAUUAUCAUGCAGAAUGUGAAGCUGCCAUCAAUAAAAUGAUCAACCAACAGUUUACUUCAUCCUACCUCUACGCUUCAAUGGCCUUUCAUUUUGAUCGUGAUGACGUUGCUUUAAAAGGAUUUCAUGAGCAUUUCAAAAAUCUCUCAGAUUCGAAGAGGAAUCAUGCCAUGAUGCUACUGAAGUAUCAGAAUGAGCGCGGAGGACGUAUCGUGCUCCAAGAUAUCGCUAAACCAAGUAAAGAUGAAUGGGGCUCGGGAAGUGAAGCUAUGGAGCAGAGCUUAGUAGCGGAGAAAGCUAGUAACCAACGCUAUCUAGACUUAUACAACCUUGCUGAGAAAUAUGGAGAUGAACAGCUUGCAGACUACGUUGAAGAUAACUUCUUGGAAUCUCAGACGGAACUGAUCAAGAAGAUCGGAGACCACUUGUCGAACAUAUCAAGGGCUGGACCAGGAUUAGGAGAAUAUCAAUUUGAUCAAAAUUUGAGUUAAGAAUAAUGUAAGCUAGACUUACAUGUAAGUAGACUUUACAGAUGAGUAUUAAUAUGAUCACAGUCUGGGCAAGGGAUGAUGUACUAAGCUAGGCUUAGGUAGAUUUUAUAGGAGAGUUUCAAUUUGAUCACAGUUUGGGCAAAGUAUAAUGUAAGUAAGACUUAAGUAGACUUUAAGUGUGGUCCAAUCUGAGCAAAGAAUAAUGUAAGCUAGAGUUAAGUAGACUUUAAAUGAGAUUACCAAUAUGGUCACAAUCUGAGCAACUGAUAAUGUAAGUUGGACUGCAGUUCAGUUUACACAUGCAUGUUAAAACUUUGCGAAGGAUACGGAUAUCAAAAGAAUAUGCUUUCAAUUGCUUUGCCAAACUUGCGAUAGAUUCAAAUUAAACUCAAUUUGUAAUUGAUCUCAAAUUAUGUAGUUAAGAGAUGGGAAUUACGAUGGGUCUCAGUAUGAGCUUGAUUCAAAUCUAUUGCUUCCAUUUGUGACAUAGAAUCUGAGUUUAACUUUGCACACAUUGAUCUAGAUCCACAUGUAGAUCCUAUCCAAGAUUAGAAGACUAGGAACAUGUGGAUCAAGAUCUUUGAUAUAAUAUUAUUAAUUAAUGCCCCAAUUUUAAAAGGAAUUUAUACUCUGUUAUUUAGGGGUUCAACACUACCAAAGGCUCAAAUGAAAUGGAUUGAUACCAAGUACAGUGCUGUCAGUUAAUAUCAACACUUCAGAGUCUCUAUGUGUAAAAGAUUUGUGGAUGUUUUUGGUCAUGCAUUUCAUCACUACUUCCAAACUGGUCUAUAGCAGAAUGAAAGCCCAAAGUACUCGAGUGCAGACUAGAUAUACUUACGUGAUAUUGAAGAAUUUUACACGGGAGGCAAGAUUUUGAGUACUUAAAUAAUCCAUCCAUUUUAUAUGCUUGUUGUUUUCAUGUAGGUCUACCUCUAUGACUAGUAUUGAUAAAUGUGGACCUUUGGACCAGAUUUCAUGAAACAGAUAUCUGUGAUUUUCACUGACAUCUGAUUGGCUGAGCACAAAUUGGUCAGUGGAAAUCACUGAAUAUUUAUUUCCUGAAACACUCCCCCAAUUGGUUGUGAAACCAGGUUAUUCAUGACAAAUAUUCCAUCUACAUCUAGUGGUGCUGCAAACAAGUGCAUUGGUGCAUUUUGAUUGUGCCUUAAACAAAUUGUUAGGAUGUCGCCCUCAUUAGCCCCAAUACGGAAAGUUUGUUUGUAUAUCAUAAUAUGCGACACUGCUCAAAGAUAAUGGGAUGAUUCAUCCAGGCAGGAAAACUCAAAACACAUACCAAUGUAUGUAUUUAGGUGCUUUUUUAAAGCUAUUUUCAAAUUUGAGCAAGUUCUUCAUCUAAAUCUGAUAUUUUCUCAUAUAAAUGUUGCAUAAAUUGUAUAUUUUGAUUCUGCUUUACAUGAAAAAAAGUAGCAUUGUUUUGUUUUGUUUGUUGUAUUUUAUUUUGUUGGGGCAUUGUAUGGUCAGUUGAAUGAGGGCAAAAGAGUUUUUUUUUAUUAGGCCUUAGGUUAUCAGAGACACCAAGCUAUUCCAUUUGUCACCAACUCCUAAUAAUGCAUGAGGGUCAUUUGAGGCUUCAUCAGGCGUUAGAAUUCUGAUUGUUAGUAGUUGUAUCAAUGACGCAAUUUACUUGAUUGCAAUCAUGAUUUCAUGAAUUAACCAUUUCUGUCUGUGACAACUUGAAUCAGGUAUUAGAAGAAUCGCCCUCUUUUGGAGUUGUACAUGUUAGUAAUUUUUUUGUGCCAGUAGGCAUCAGCAAAAUGUUACAACUUCAUUUAAUCAAUCAUUAAGUAUGUGAUUUACCUCCUAAGUAUUCGCUUGAGACAUCUUGAUAUUAUAUGCGACACUGAUCCAUUACAGUAUUUUGAAAUGCAAUGCAACAUCAUCAUUGUUUCUAUAUCUUGCUAUUAUUGCACCAGUUUUCAUUUGCUUCAUAAAUGUUCUUUUGUGUAUUUGUUUAGGUGGGUAUUUGUUUUUUCAUUGCUUGAUUAAUGUUAUAGAAAGACUUUGCUUUUCCUUUUAAUAUAGAAAUGUCAGGCAAUCAUACCUAACCGACUCUGAAAUUGAUUCUUUAGAAAAAAGCAAGUAGUAGUUUUGGUUGAUAUGAUCAAUGAGGCCAAGACAAUGUGGGCAUUUCUCUAGUGAUAGUGAUCUUUCUAGUUACCGGUACAUAUGUACAUACAAUAUGUUUUUGCUAAUAAUUAAUAAUUCUUCAUCUCUCCAUGAAUAAAGCUUAAUUGUAUAGGGGAAAAUUGU